UGGGACCUAAGCAGAGAAUCUAAUUUACAUGUAGGAGAGAAGUUUCAUAACUCGAUUGCCUUCAUCUUUUACAAUAUAAAAGUCACUAUAGUUUGAUGGUUACUCUUCAAUAUAGUUGUGCCGUGCCAUGUGGAUGUAUGCAUGAUAAAAAUGAACGUGCUAUACAUAGUUCUAGCCUUUUUGGUGCCUUUUCUUGUAAAGGCCGAAUCAAAGGGAAAAAGGGAAAUUGAAGCAGCACUCUACGCGAAUAAUGGCGGCUACGUAUAUGAAAAGCCGUCCAGAAAAUCGGAUGAUAGAGAUUUCUUCGGCAGCACAACACGUAAAUAUGAUCAAUAUACUCCAGCAAAAUCAACUUCCAAAGUUUUCUUUACACCACCACCCCCCGAAAAUAUUUUGGAAGAAGACGAUAAAGGAAAUUUCGAUAUAAGUGACAAUUAUGGGAAAAGAAGAACUACAGAAUCGCCCCGGAAGCCUGACCUGUUUCAUCAAGCUUCCGCUACAUCAGCAGUGUACCAGCCAUUUUCGCCCUCUUCGACUGUUUCGAGAGUGACCGGUUACAGUUACCCUAAGCCUGCGGUGCCAUUUACUUUUCCAACUUCAAAACCAUCAUUUUCGUUUCAAACGACUCAGAAGCCUUACAGUCCUGUCAGCCAACAACCUUCGACAACUAUAAGGCCGUAUGUGCCCCCUGUGUUUUUACCACCAUCAACACCUCCCAAGCCAUUUUCACCUCCGACACUUAUACAAUCAACGACUGAAAAGCAUAAAACGACACAAAAGCCCUACUUUCCCCCAUUUUUUAAUCAGCAAACAACUCAAAGACCAUUUAUUUCUUCAUUUCCGCAAUCGCCCAGUUCGAUUAGUACUCAAUUUGUUGGAGGAAGUACUACUUUUGUUUAUCCUGGAUCGGUCACUCCAAAACCAUACAAGCCAACAUAUACGCAAAAACCAGGCUAUUCGUAUCCUUCUCCAAGCGUACCUUUCCCAACACCAACUAAAGAACCGACAGUUUUUGUAGAGCAAACGCAAAAGCCUUAUAAACCGCCAGUUUUUGCUGAACCAAAACCCUUCCCUCCUAGUUCAUUUUCACAAACACCUCAAAAACCUUAUGCACCCACACAAAAACCAUUUGUACCGGUCGUAAUUAUAGAUUCUACCACUCAAAAGCCUUACCGACCAUUUGAAGUUGAACAACCAUCUAGUCAAAAACCUUACGAACGUCCCCCUUACUCUUCAAUCCCGAGCACACAAAAACCUUUUGUACCAGCCUUAGUCGUAGAAUCUUCGACUCAACAACCUAAUCUACCUUAUGAGGUUCUUCUACCAUCACAUAAUCCGUCCACCUUUGUUGAACCUCAGCGUCCCGUAUACAACCAAUUCUCAACGCAAAAACCUUAUUCUCCUCCGUUUCCGGUGCAACCUCCACAGAAACCCUAUGUACCUCCCGUGUUUACUCAAACUACAAGACAACCUUCAGUAACACAAAAACCGUUUGUUCCUCAACCUUCUACACAAAAGCCUUAUGUGCCACCGACCUAUCUUCAACCUUCUACCACACAGAAACCUUACUCUCCUCCGCAACCGUCGAUUACACAAAAACCUUUUGUGCCGGCUGUAUUUGUACAACCUUCGACUCAAAAGCCUUAUGAGGUACCAACACAGAAACCUCACACCUCUGUCGAACCUCAGCGUCCAUACACCCAGUUUUCCACACAAAAGCCUUAUUUUCCCCCAUUUUCCCAACAACCUUCGACAUCACAAAAACCUUACGUGCCACCUUCUUUUAAUCAAGUGCAGCAGACACUAAAACCCUAUAAACCGUUUUCUCCACCCACAUUCUCUUCGAAGCCCGUUGAUGUGGCAGGGAGCGUUCCCGUGUCUGUUACCACAAAACCAUCAAUCACUGAAAAACCUUCAAAUGAAUUUACGUAUUCCAAGGUAACUGGUUAUGCGUACCCGAAACCCAGUGUUCCAUUUACAAUUCCAACAAGGCAACCAAGCGUAUUUCAACCGUCAUCCCAGAAGCCUUAUUCGCCGUUCGUUCCCGAAUUUAGCCAACCCUCGGUAACUCAAAAGCCCUACGUACCCCCUGUAUUUACCCAGUCAACUACGACCAAACGGCCAUAUGAACCGCCAGUAUUUGUUCAACCUUCAACCCAGAAACCGUACUUUCCGCCAGAAUUUAUUCAAACCCAAAAACCAUACGUUCCUGUAUUUAACCAACCCUCGGUAACACAAAAACCGUAUGUUCCACCUGUAUUUACUCAAUCAACAACAACAAGAAAGCCUUAUGAGCCGCCGGUGUUUUUUCAACCUUCAUCCCAAAAGCCUUAUUCGCCAUUCGUUCCCGAAUUUAGCCAACCCUCGAUAACUCAAAAGCCCUACGUACCCCCUGUAUUUAUCCAGUCAACUACGACCAAACGGCCAUAUGAACCGCCAGUAUUUGUUCAACCUUCAACCCAGAAACCGUACUUUCCGCCAGAAUUUAUUCAAACCCAAAAACCAUACGUUCCUGUAUUUAACCAACCCUCGGUAACACAAAAACCGUAUGUUCCCCCUGUAUUUAAACCCUACACACCCCCAGUAUUUUCGCAAUCAACAACAACAAGAAAGCCAUACGAGCCGCCGGUGUUUGUUCAACCUUCAACGCAGAAACCAUAUUCGCCUCCAGGAUUUAGUCAAACUCCAAAACCUUUCGUUCCCGUAUUCAAUCAACCAUCGGUAACCCAAAAACCGUAUGUGCCUCCAGUAUUUACUCAGCCAACUACAACCACACGGCCAUAUGAACCGCCCGUAUUUGUUCAACCCUCAACCCAGAAACCGUACUCUCCGCCAGAAUCCAUUCAAACUCAAAAACCGUUCGUUCCUGUAUUUAACCAACCUUCGGUAACGCAAAAACCGUAUGUUCCCCCUGUAUUUACUCAAUCAACAACAACAAGAAAACCCUAUGAACCGCCGGUGUUUUCUCAACCAUCAUCCCAAAAGCCUUAUUCGCCAUUCGUUGCCGAGUUUACCCAACCCUCUGUAACUCAAAAACCAUACGUACCCCCAGUAUUCACUCAAUCAACAACAGGAAAGCCAUAUAAUCCACUUGUCUUUGUUCAACCCUCAACCCAAAAACCUUAUUCGCCUCCUGAAUUUAGUCAAACUCCAAAACCGUUCGUUCCCGUGUUUAUUCAACCAUCAAUAAUUCAAAAGCCAUACGUACCCCCUGUAUUUACGCAGUCAACUACAACCAAACGGCCAUAUGAACCGCCCGUAUUUCUUCAACCGUCAACCCAAAAACCAUAUUCGCCUCCAGGAUUUAGUCAAACUCCAAAACCCUUCGUUCCCGUGUUUAAUCAACCGUCAGUGCCCCAAAAGCCAUAUGAACCGCAUGUAUUUGUUCAACCAUCAACCCAAAAGCCCACUGCAAUCGUUCAACCCACACAGAAACCAUACACACCAUUCUCUAAACCUGAUGGAAGUACUUCGUUUAUUCAUAACGUUUUCAGUUCUAAAGAGACAUCGUCUACGUCAGGAAAGGGGUAUUCGUACCCCAGACCAACAAUUCCAUUUUCUUUGCCGCCUAUAACCAGAAAACCAAUAACCUUUUCGCAACCAUCUUCAACUCAAAAGCCUUAUUCCCCACCUGUGUUUCCUUCUACUACACAAAAACCUUACGUGCAACCAGCCAUAACGCAAAAACCGUACGUUCCCCCAAUUUUUGUGCAACCAUCCACAACGCAGAAGCCCUAUGUGCCCCCAGUAUUUUCAUUGCCUUCAACUACACAGAGACCUUAUGUUCAACCAGCAAUAACGCCAAAACCGUACGUUCCACCGACGUUUUUACAACCAUCGACGACUCGAAAGACUUAUGAGCCGCCAAUAUUUUCAUUGCCUUCUACUACACAAAAACCAUACGUUCAACCAGUCAUAACACAGAAACCCUAUGUUCCCCCAACAUUUUUAGGGCCAUCUACAACGCAAAAACCAUAUGUGCCGCCUGUAUUUUCAUUGCCUUCUACUACACAAAAACCUUAUGUUCAACCAGCAAUAACGCCAAAACCUUAUGUUCCCCUGACGUUUUUGCAACCAUCGACAUAUAAACCGUACGUUCAACCAGCCAUAACACAGAAACCCUAUGUGCCCCUAACAUUUUUAGGGCCAUCUACAACGCAAAAACCAUAUGUGCCGCCUGUAUUUUCAUUGCCUUCUACUACACAAAAACCUUAUGUUCAACCAGCAAUAACGCCAAAACCUUAUGUUCCCCCGACGUUUUUGCAACCAUCGACAUAUAAACCGUACGUUCAACCAGCCAUAACACAGAAACCCUAUGUGCCCCCAACAUUUUUAGGGCCAUCUACAACGCAAAAACCAUAUGUGCCGCCUGUAUUUUCAUUGCCUUCUACUACACAAAAACCUUAUGUUCAACCAGCAAUAACGCCAAAACCUUAUGUUCCCCCGACGUUUUUGCAACCAUCGACAUAUAAACCGUACGUUCAACCAGCCAUAACACAGAAACCCUAUGCGCCCCCAACAUUUUUAGGGCCAUCUACAACGCAAAAACCAUAUGUGCCGCCUGUAUUUUCAUUACCUUCUACUACACAAAGACCUUAUGUUCAACCAGCCAUCACGCCAAAACCUUACGUUCCCCCGACGUUUUUGCAACCAUCGACGACUCGAAAGCCUUAUGAGCCGCCAGUAUUUUCCCUGCCUUCUACUACACAUAAACCCUACGUUCAACCAGCAAUAACACAGAAACCCUAUGUGCCCCCAACAUUUUUAGGGCCAUCUACAACGCAAAAACCAUAUGUGCCGCCUGUAUUUUCAUUACCUUCUACUACACAAAGACCUUAUGUUCAACCAGCCAUCACGCCAAAACCUUACGUUCCCCCGACAUUUUUGCAACCAUCUACGACUCGAAAGCCUUAUGAGCCGCCAGUAUUUUCAUUGCCUUCUACUACACAAAGACCUUAUGUUCAACCAGCAAUAACGCCAAAACCUUAUGUUCCCCCGACGUUUUUGCAACCAUCGACAUAUAAACCGUACGUUCAACCAGCCAUAACACAGAAACCCUAUGCGCCCCCAACAUUUUUAGGGCCAUCUACAACGCAAAAACCAUAUGUGCCGCCUGUAUUUUCAUUACCUUCUACUACACAAAGACCUUAUGUCCAACCAGCAAUAACGCAGAAACCUUACGUUCCUCCAACAUUUGUGCAGAAGUCAACAACUCAGAAACCCUAUAUACCUCCUGUCUUUUCAUUGCCGUCUACAACUCAAAGACCAUAUGUGCCGCCAGUCUUUUCGUCACCUUCUACUACGCAAAAACCCAGUUUCAGCGUAAUACAAACUAAAAAACCGGAGAUUACACCUAUAUAUACUGCGCCUACGUACUUACCCCCUAUACCCACUAAAGAUUCGUCCUUCCCUUUUAAUGGUUUGGUGUCACAAGGUGGCAGCAUUUCGUCUGUUACCACUGGGCCAUUUACAACACAAAAGCCAUACGUUUCCCACAGUUAUCCAACAUACAAACCAUAUUCGCCAUCUGUCACUCCAAAACCAUACUAUCCCAGUCCGUCAUAUUCGUCACCACCACCUAAGGUUCCAUUUACUACCCAAAAACCAUAUGUUCAACCAAGUUACUCGCCUAUAACAACGAAACUACCAUCAACUUCAAAACCAUACGUUCCCCAAACCUACAAACCUGUAACUUUCAAACCUUACUAUCCAAGUCCAUCAUUUCCUUCCGCAAUAAACACAUUUAGCACACAAAAACCCUACAUUCAACCAAGUUACUCACCCCCAGCAACCAAACAACCAUCGACUUUCAAACCAUAUUCUCCCGUAACCUCAAAACCUUACUCCCCACCAGUUUUCCAACCCUCAUUACCUGUUCGACCAAUAGAUGUGACACCCUUUCCAACCAAAACUUCUCCUGCAAUCAAACAACCAUCGACUUUCCAACCAUAUUCUCCCGUAACCUCAAAACCUUACUCCCCACCCGUUUUCCAACCCUCAUCACCACUUCGACCAAUAGAUGUAACUUUCAAACCCUACUACCCAAGUCCAUCAUUUCCUUCCGCAAUAAACACGUUUAGCACACAAAAACCCUACAUUCAACCAAGUUACUCACCCCCAGCAACCAAACAACCAUCGACUUUCAAACCAUAUUCUCCCGUAACCUCAAAACCUUACUCCCCACCCAUUUUCCAACCCUCAUUACAUUCUCGACCAAUAGAUGUGACACCCCUUCCAAUGAAAACUUCCACCAACGCAGAAGAGUAUCUUCCUCCUUUCGGUUCGCAUUACAGACCCGACGCUUUCAGUAACAUUAUUUUUUAAAUACCUACACACUAUAGCGAUAAGAGAUGUGAAUGUUUGUUAUAUUUAUAUAAGGACGAUUGUUGUUUUUUACAAAAGCUAAUAAAAUUAAUGUGAUAUGGA